UGACAAAGGUUUUCAAUGCCAGAAAGCCCAGAAGAAGUUGGAUGCUAAGACAAUGGCCAACGAAGAAAAGCCCGAGCUGAGCACAAAGAUUAAACAAACCUGCCAUAACUAUAAAGAAGAAUUGCCUGUCCUAACUAAAAUGUUGAAUGUGAUUGAAGGUAAAAAUGUAGUUAAAAGUGAAGAAAAAUCUGAAACUGCUGGGCAGACAGUGCCUGUAAAAACUGAAAAUAUGAAAAUGAUUAACAGCAAAGAAAAUGUCUUGAAUGGAGAAAAUAUAAAGGAAACUGUACAAAUUGAUGAAAAGAAACCAUUGUCAAUGAUGGUUGGAGAGGAAAUGAUUCAGAUUGAAGUAGCAUCAAAUAACUCAGAUGAGGAAAGUGAAUCAGAAACUCAAAAGAAUGUGAAUAACUCUGCUCCAGUAUCUGAUAAGUCAGUGAAACUAGAAGGAGAUCACAUUUCAGGAACAGCUAAACAUACUGGUAGUUCAAUGAAAGAAAAUGUUGGUAAACAUGAAAAAACGGUGAAAGUAUCAGAAGUUGUGCAAAACAGAGUUUCAGAAUAUCUUAAGCAGUCACUCCAGUCGAGUAAGUUGAAAGCGAAAAGUGGACAAGAGUUACCUCAUGCUCCUGUAAUAGACUUAACUGCAGAAAAACAAAUGGUAAAAGCACUCUAUACUCCUAAGUCUAGUGCAAUAAAUACGUCGAUGCCAAAUAUCGUUUUAUUACCUGCAGGAAAUAGUUCCCAUCUUCCUGUAAAUCAAAGAUCACUACUUGUAAGCACUACACCAGCAGUGCCAGUAUCAAAUGUUCAGACAACAGUCUCAUCAGUUGCUGACCUUUUAAGAACUAUAUAUGUUCCAACUUCCGUACCUUCGACAAUGCGCACUACUUUACCUGCAAGUGGGGUUCAGUUUAAGACGUUAAACUCAGUGCUUGCCAGCCCAGUAGUGUCCUCCAGAAGUAGCACUUACCCAGUCAUUGGAAAUAUGCCAGGUCUAAGAAUGAUUUUACAAAAUAAACCGAGUGGAGGUCCAGUAACAUUACCUUAUAUACAAACGAAUGCUCCAAGAAUUAUUUAUGCUCCUUCACCUCGACCUACUAUUAUUACUUUGCAAAAGCCAGGAAUUGUAGGUUCUAGUCAUAUUAUACAAGGAAAAUCCAUGCAAAAUAGUUCUACACCAAAACAAGGUAAUGAUACUGCUGUGAAGUCAUUACUUGCCAAAAGUCUUGCAACUCCUCUGAAUCAGAACUUACAGACAGCAAAAAUGAACACAGUUGUACAACCGAAUGUUGUGAAUAAGGGAAUCAUUCCAACUACAGUUUUACAGUCCAGUGAUAUGAAAAAGAAAGAGCCAACUGUUUCAGUUCAUAAUGUGACAAUAGUUAUAGGAAGGGAUGGAGUGCAUUAUGAUAAAGCAACAGGAAAACCCUACGUAUAUCCUCCUGACCAGAAGUAUGUGAUUGCUGGGCCUAAGGGUAAAUUCUAUGACAGAGCAACUGGUUAUGAGGUGAAUGUUCCACAUUCAGAAAACCUCAAACAUGUGCCAGGUACAGUUUAUUUAGCAUCUGGAGUCUCUUUUACACAAGAGGCAUUGAAAAAGAUUAUGGCUAAGAAAAGAGCAAAAACUAAAAAAGUGAAAAAACAAAAAGAAGAAAUAACCACUUCUGAUGAAGAGUUUGAAAAAAUGUUGGAUCUCGAAAAAUCAAGUGGGGAUGAAAAUGAUGACACCAACUAUGAUUAUGAAAAGAUCUCGCAACAUGUCAGGGCAGCUAAAGAUAAAAAGUUACCAGCAAGAAGGGCGUCGCUGAAAACAUCUGACAGCGAGAAAGAGGAGGAUAAUGGGAGUAAUGUGGAGAAUGUACCAGUUAAACUCGGCAGAAACGCUAAACGUGCUGCAGCAAGAAAAUGUACUAAUUAUGCGGAAUCAUUAGGACAGUUAAAUUUCACCGAAGAAAUCAUUGAAGAAGAAGCAGCAGUGGAAGAGCCAUGUAAAGCGUGCAAUAAAAAUGAGGACCCUUCAACCAUUUUACUCUGUGAUAAAUGUGAUGGCAGCUAUCAUAUGUCGUGUCUCUCACCACCCCUGUCACUUGUGCCUUUAGAAGACUGGUUUUGUCCACAGUGUGAACAUAAUAUGCUGAUUGAGAGCCUAAGAGAGAAAGUGAAAGAAGUGAAAAAAGCUAAAAGGAGAUUCAGCCGAGGACAAGACAGAAUAUCAGUGAAAACCUUUAGUAUUGACUCGGAAAAUAUUUUGGAAGUUGAGAGACGAUCUUGUCGCACCAAGAGAGAGGUCAGUUACAAUGAGGCCAACUAUGAUAAGAUGAUUCAGAAAGCUGUCAAAGAGAUGAACAAACCAAAAGAGGACAGAAGUUCAUCUGAUAGCUCUGAUAGUGAAACAGAAAGUGAUACCAAACAAACGUCCAAACCUGAUCAUAAGCAGCAGAAGAAAGGGAAGGCUACAAAGAGGCAGAGGGACGGCACUAGGAAGUCAAGGCGGGUGAAGAAAUCCAGUUCAUCAGGCAAGAGUAAAGCAAAGAGAAGAAAAUUGACAAGUUUAGAGGAUGACAGUGGUGGCAGUAGCACUGAAUAUUUGGAGUCAGAGGGUAGUGAAAGUUCUGACACAGAGGGACCUGCUCCGGAUCAAGAGGACAUGGCAGUGGGAGGGAUCUACUUCACAUCAUCAGGACGUAAAACUAAGAAUGUUUCAUACACUUGAAAUGUCUCCAAUAUGUAUAGUUUGCAGUGUUAGAAGAAACCAUGGAGAAUAAACUAUGUUACAGACGAGUGGCAGUGUAGCUGCAGGACAAGAAAACUUGUCCCAUGAACUUGUUUGAAUGGUUGUAUAUUAGCGUGGAAAUGUUACUAGUGACCAUAUUUUACAGACUUUUAUACAUUUAAAGUUGUUGACAUUGGAUAUUCAAAGAAUUGAUUCUUAUGGAAUGAUGAACCACAAUGUGCUGGGUAGUAAGAUGCUUCAAACAAUGUUUAAGAACAUAAUAUUUCCUAAUUGAAUAUUGUUAACAAGGGAUUUUUUUCCCACUUUCAGUGCAUCACUUUCAUCUACAUAUUAAGUAGUAAAUACUGAGAUGGAAUAGAUAGUUUUGGAAACUGGUUGGUUUUAUAUAAAUUACAAAUUGAUUAGAUUUUACAUUCCAGUUAUUUUAUGGUUCUUUUACCAAUGUGUUAAAAUUUUAUUGUACCAGCCAGUUAAGAUAAGUAUACUUUAUACUUUCAAGCAGAUUAAUUUGUCUAUUUGGAUGAUUGUUAUACUUUAUUCUAACACGAUCUGCAGCAAUUGGUAUAUAAACAUAUAGCAAAAUCGCCUAUACAUGAAUCUACGAUAAAAUAUGGUUGGCUGUUACAUUUCACCCCCUAUGAUUGUGAAAUAGGAGAUUCUUCUUCAGUUACAUUACAUACAAAUUAUUUCAAGGCCAAACAGUUGAAAACAACAUCUCAAAAACGUAAAUAUGAUAAAAUGUCAUAUUGACUUAUGUGUAGGACCGUAAAACACGUUUUGAUCUCUACAAGCGAAUUCAAUUAGCUUAAUUAAGAUUCAGCGGUGACGUCAUAAAUGUAUGACAUAAAGUUUGACGUCAUAAUGGUGUGACGUCAUAUAAAGUUAAGCUCGUAACUUGUAACACAGGGUCAACUCGCUUUAUUUGACGAUUCUCUUUAUAAUUAGUUUGCGAGCUGUUAGAUUACUAAAUUAUAAAUACUUCUCAAAAUUCUGAUAAAAAGGAAACAAAUAUCUAUAUGUUACAUUGGCUAUGUAACUUUUUCUAACCAUAGGGGGUAAAUUGUAACAGCAUAUGACCCGAAUGACGUAUUACGCUGAAAAUGUAGUACUGUAAAAUGCGAAUUAUUUGCGUUGUUAGAAUCGAAAUAAUAAAUAUGUUCCAAUAAUUUUAUCAAUUAAUAAAACAUGGGCAGUCGUUUGGAUGCAGAUAAUUAAAUCACUCGUGCUACGCACUCGUGAUUUAAUUAUUACGCAUCCAAACUCCUGCCCAUAUUUUAUUAACUGAUAAAAUAUAGGAACAGAUUUAUUAUUUCUUAAGUUUACUUCAAAUGAACAUUGUUUAAUUGCUAACUGCAUUAAUUUUUUCCAUUAAUUAUUUCUUACUGCCAGUUAUUAGUCAGAAGGUUUACAUAUAGAAAUCGUACUGUCCACCUGUGUAUGCUUGUCAGGCCAAACUACAUUAAUUUUUGUAUUAGCUUCUGCUUUUAAAGUGUUCAAGGGAUCUCAGUGAAAAGCAUGAGUAGAGGAUGUAUCACACACAAGAGUUUGGUCUGUACCAUCAAGCUGAAGGUCACACAUACAAAGAGCAUUAACCCUGUGCAUCAGCUGUACAAUUUAGGGUAUGAUUACUUCGCAAAUGGAUUUCUUCAUAUUUAUUUUAGUUGUGUUUUGAAAAGAUCUGAUAACCAAUACAACAAAAUUUAAGCCUAGAGUUUCACCAUAGCAUAAGAUGAAUCUAAUAUUUGAGAUGCUGUUUCAUUUAUUAGUCAGCUUACUUUGAGUGCUUAAAGUCUUGUCAGACAAGUGCUGAGUGUCUGAAGUUUAUUGUUUUCUGUUGUUUAAACUUUUUUGUUUAGGUUUUUUCUGUAGUUAAGUUGUUCCCUGUAGUGUUACCAUGGUUAUUGAAAAAUAGGUGUAUUUAUAUUCCCAUCAUGUAUAUAACUAGUAGAUACCCAGGCUUUUGUUAAGAAUAAGUUAAAAACUGAGGUCGUACAAAGAUUAUGGCUUCUUUUAUAUAGCAAUAAUGCCCUUGACCCACCACUUAAAAUCCAUAUCGUAUAACUACAUCAGUUCAUUUCUCACUAGGGCCUUGACAAGGUAUAUGGCAAUACCCUGACUUGCUUUAUGGCAAGACCUUGACCUUGAAUAUCACAAGACCUUUAACUGGUAAAUAGUAAGACUUUAUUUUGUGUCGGAUAUGGUAUAACAUUUAAGACUAUCUAGCUAUUUGCCAGCAAAAAUUAGUUCUUAUGCAAAACAAACAGACACCUGUAAAAAUUAAUUUAUUGAAGUAAUAAAAUUUAAAUAUGUAAUCAAAUAUUACAUUUCGUUCACUAAUUGAAUUAAUGUAGAUGCAAGUACAUAAUUAUAAACUACAUUUUAAUUUGAUAGCUAAAACAUAUCUAAUUACAAUACAUGCAAAGAAUAUAUGAGCAGAAUCAGUUAUAAGGCAUAUGAAUCUCAAGUUGUAUUAAGAAUGUCUGAAAGUAAUCAUACUCAUAAAAUACCAGUGCAAAGAACAGGCAAAAUUGGAGGUUUGCCUCUCCCCAUCCCCCACACCAAAAAAAUAAACAAAUUUAAACAAUUAGUUAAAGAAAUAAAUUUCACAGCUGGAAACUUAAACCAAAUUUAAAUCCUAGUGCACAAAAUUUUAUAGGAACAUACCUUGUCUUAAUAUAAGUAAAAGCUAUUUGAUUUUGAGCUAACUGUAAGACGAAUGGACAUUGUCGUAAACCACUUAGUUGAUUCUUUUAAGCUCAUCUGACUUUUUGAAAAAAAAGAUGAGUUAUUGUCAUCACUUGAUCGGCAUCGGCUUUGCCUGGUCAAGUUUUAUGUUUAGGUCAGCUUUUCUCAUAUCAAAGGCAUUGCUUUGAAACUUGCAGCACUUGUUUACCAUCAUAUGCUGACCCUGUACAGCAAGAAACAUAACUCCAUCCUGCUUUUUGCAAGAAUUAUUGCCCCUUUUGGACUUAGAAAAUCAGAUUUCUUGGUUAAGUUUUAUGUUAAGGUAAGCUUUUCUCCUAAAUUAUCAAAGCUAUUGCUUUGAAACUUGCAACAGUUGUUCACCAUCAUAAGCUGACCCUGUACAGCAACUAACAUAACUCCAGCCUGCUUUUUGCAAGAAUUGGGCCUCUUUUGGACUUAGAAAAUAUCAGAUUUAUUGGCUAAGUUUACUUUUCUCCUAAACUAUCAAAGCUAUUGCUUUGAAACUUGCAACAGUUGUUCACCAUCAGAAGCUGAGUCUGUAUAGCAAGAAACAUAACUCCAUCUUGCUUUUUGCAAGAGUUAUGGCCCUUUUUGGACUUAGAAAAUCAUGAGUAGGACAAUAUUUCUAUUAUACAGAGACAAAAAAAUCAGAUGAGCAUCUGCACCUGCAAGGCAGUGCUCUUGUUUUCAUUACUUCCACCAUUAUUCAGAAAUUGAUUACUGGAGGAUAAUAUGUUGUAUAGUUACUUUUUUUGUUCUUUUCAAAUAUAACAAGCUUGCAUUAUUGUAUGGAUAUAGAAUUGACUUUUUUCGCAAAAGAAAUUGAUCAGCCAAACCCAGGAAUUUCUGACAGUGCUCUCUGUAUUGCUGCUAUACUAGAGGGUAUUACAUGAGUCUUUUCAUAUUGAAUUUACUAAACAAGUUGAAAUAAAUACGAGGCUCUGCUGAGCAUUUUAUUGAACAAUUUUAAUUAACUCAAUUUGGCAAGACACAAAUGUAAUGUUCUUUUGAUCACAUGUAAGCUUUUCCUGCUAAAACGUCAAAAUUUCUUCUUUCUUAACCUAUUAUAGACAAAAUAAAUUUGACAAACAUCUCCUAUACAUAAAGCUUUAUUUUACUAGUGUAAUACCAAAUUUAUGUAAUGGCUUUAUUUCUCAUCAAACGUAUGAUAAUAUGUUUCACGCAAUACAUUAUGAUGUUCACUUAAAUACUUUUUGUUGCACUGUCAUUUAUAUCAUACCAACUAAAGAAAUAUUACAUGUAUGUAUUUUAUUAUUUGUAAGAUAUUUUUGGUUACUGUACAUGUAGAAAUAAUAGAUGUCUGUUAUUAAUCCCAUACCAGUCACAAGACCAGAGACUUUAGGACUGUCCUUUUCUGUCAUUACAGCUAGUUUUCGUGUCCAGUCUAUGUCUGCUGUCCAUCAAGGGGUUAUAAUAUUACUUUACACAGAUGUUCCUACAGCAAGUCGAUGAAUAAUGCGCAACACCCAGACCCCUAGCUUGAAGGUCACACUGAGGGUAAAGUCAAGAGAGUUUUUUCCUGUCACUUCAACAACUCGACCAUCCAUCAGGGGAUUUUAUACUGCUAGCUCUAUAACAAAUGACAGGUCAUGCACAACUUCCAGUCACUUUCAGUGCUGUGCUUAGGGUAAAUUUUCUUGGUAGUUUUUAUUAGGGUAUGAAAUACAUUGGCUUUUUCAAAGUGUGUGAAACCUGAAGACCUGCACAGGUACUAUAUAAACACAACAAAGUAUUUCGUGCCAUAAUGGAAAUUAAGUUGGUUUAUCCAGAAGUAAUGUCAAUUUGUCCGUUGUACAUUUAUUCAUCGUUGUAUUAUUAUAGAAAUUAGAUCAUGUAAGCUAAUUUGGCUAUAAAUACAUGGAUGAAUAUUGUAUUCUAGAGUUAUUUAGUUUUAAUUAUAUAGAUCUUCAAAGCUCACCCCAGAUGACAUUUUGCCACAUGAAAAAAGGGUUUCUUUUAUGAACAAUAAAAGACAACCACCAGUUGCAUUCAAAACAACACACCUGUGUAGAUUAAAGUUCUUAGGUAGAAAUAUUUGUUGAUUUCUUUCCAUUAUACACCUUUUUAUUGAUCCAGUGACAUUACUUUUGGAUCUACCCUCAUAUUUAACCAUAAAUUAUAUAUUGUACCUAUUGAUUUACCUUUCCCACACCAUUGUUGCAUACUUAUAAAGUUUUUGGUCUCUAUAAUGACAAAAAAGUCAGCUAACAGAGACUGUAGCAAUGUUCUUACAUAGCAAGUACAUUAUAUGACUGACCUCUGGUAUGUUUUUGUGCUUGUAAAUUUAUAUGGGAAUUGGAAUGAACAGUGAAUUUAUGUGGGAAUUGGAACGAACAGUGAAUUUAUGUGGGAAUUGGAACAAACAGUGAAUUUAUUUGGGAAUUGGAACAGUGAAUUUAUGUGGGAAUUGGAACGAACAGUGAAUUUAUGUUGGGAUUGGAACGAACAGUGAAUUUAUGUGGGAAUUGGAACAAACAGUGAAUUUAUGUGGGAAUUGGAACAAACAGUGAAUUUAUGAGGGAAUUAGAAUAAACAGUGAAUUUAUGAGGGAAUUAGAAUGAACAGUGAAUUUAUUAGGGAAUUGAAUUGCUUCAGCUGCAUACAGCAAGGAAAAAUCAUUUGGACAACAAAUGUUGAAUAAUUUAAUUGACAUGAGUUUAAUGCUGAAGCAUCUGUUAGCUAUUAUUAACUUUGUCAUAUCAAAGGGAAUUGUAUAGUAUCAAAGAUUUCUCACACAAAGCAAGCUUUGUCUGCAUGGAGCUAGGUGGUGACCAAUUUUUAUCAAAGCAUUAUGAAUUCAUUUAAUGCUGAAGUUAUCUAUAAAUAUAGUUUUCAAAAUGCUAGAAGUUAGUCUAGUUUUAUUAUUUGACCUGUUUAUUUCUUUUAAUUACCAGAAAGGUCUAGUUGUCAAAGUCACUAACUUUGAAUUAUUCAUCACUGCUGCUGGCCAGAAAAUACUGCACAGUAGAAUUCUUUGAAAACUGGAGGGGAUUUAGAAAAAAAUGCAAAUUUUGCUUUAAAUCAUUGCCUUUUGAUACACAUUUUGCAAAGUUUGACAGCUGUGAUAUAAGUGAUAAGUUAGCACUAGAAGAAACAUGCGGUCAUACUACUUUGUUUUAGGCAAAUUGGGUGCAUAAACAAAAUAUACUGAUUCUUGUGCACUGUUGAUUCAGGUAACUGUGUCAAUGUACUGGUAUGUGGAAAUUUUAAAAGUUCUCUAUCCCAGUUUCAAAAUGAUUUCACAGAGAUGUUUCUUGGUUGACCCUGAACCUCUUCAACUGUUAUGAUUUAUGAUCAUGGAUGUCUUUGGAUUGAACUUUUUCACAAAUUUGUUGAUGGAAAAAAAUGAUGCAGCACAAGUGAUUCUUCUAUUGACCUUUUUUACUACUUACAUAGAUUCACAGUAUUUGAUUUGAAACAUGUGUAAAAAAAAGACACAGCUCUUACUAGGCCAUUCUGUUUUCAUACUUGCUUAUUUACUAAUUUCACCUAGAACUCUGAUGAGCAAUAUAUCAAAAUUUAAGAUCCACCUUUUCAGUGACAAGAUUAAUUCUUCUUCUUGUUUCUUUAAGUAUACUUUUCAUAAUAGGACAGUAUCAGUCAUAUUUGAAGUCACUGUAAAGGAUUCCAAGGGUGGUCAUAAAGGUAUCUUUAUUAGUAAUGAACCCAUCUUCAAAAAAUAUUUUGAUGGGGCUUUUUCCAUUGUUGGCGUAAAUUUGAAAGUAUGGAAGAUUUCUGAAGUAUAAAAGAAUUCCUUCUAUCACAUCUUUAGAUUAAUAUACAAUCAAACCUAUGUUAAUAACCACCUCUGAAUAGAGACCACCUGGCUCUAAAGACCACAUGUUUUGUUUCCCAUUUUAACAUUUACAGUGUAUUUUAACCUGCAAAUAAAGACCACCUCCCAAUAAAGACCACAUUUUGGCUAUCCCAAGGGUGGUCUUUAUAGACAGGUUUGACUGUAUUGCAUUUAUAUGAAUUUUGGGACACAAAAAUCCACAUGUUUGGAUGUUGAAGAUUAAACAAUAUGGUCAUGACAGAGCACUUGUUUCAACAUUGUUAUUAUACAAUAGAGGGGAUAUUGUUGUUGAUUUAUUGAAUUUUAAAGAUUCUUACAUGUUCUUCUUUUACUAUAAACAUACAAACAUGUUAAGUGGUUUUUUUUCUGAUGUUUGUAUUGUUU